GAUCAAUGGCGUCGAGCGGCCAGCAAUUCCCGCCGCAGAAGCAGGACACCCAGCCCGGCAAACAGCACCUCAUGGACCCCACUCCUCAUUCCACCACCCCAGAAUACAAGCCUUCCAACAAGCUCCUCGGUAAGGUGGCUCUUGUGACCGGAGGCGACUCCGGGAUCGGGCGGGCGGUGGGCCACUGCUUUGCUCUGGAGGGUGCCACGGUGGCAUUUACGUACGUCAAGGGCCAAGAGGAUAAAGAUGCAAAUGAUGCUCUUGGAAUGCUGAUGAAGGCUAAGCAUCCGGAUGCUAAGGACCCGGUUGCGAUACCCACGGAUCUCGGGUUCGACGAGAACUGCAAACGGGUCGUCGAUGAAGUGGUGAACAGCUUCGGCCGGAUCGAUAUUCUUGUCAACAAUGCGGCCGAGCAGUACGAGGCCGGCUCGAUUGAAGAGAUCGAUUCCGAUCGCCUCGAGAGGGUUUUCAGGACCAACAUCUUCUCCUACUUUUUCACCACUAGGCAUGCUUUGAAGCACAUGAAAGAAGGGAGCUCGAUAAUCAACACCACAUCGGUGAACGCGUACAAAGGCAACGCCAAACUCCUCGAUUACACGGCCACGAAAGGGGCGAUAGUUGCAUUCACAAGAGGGCUAGCGCUGCAGCUGGUGGAGAAAGGCAUUCGGGUCAAUGGUGUGGCGCCCGGCCCGGUGUGGACCCCACUCAUCCCGGCCUCGUUCACCGAGGACGAGAGCGCGAGUUUCGGGGCACAAGUGCCGAUGAAGAGGGCCGGCCAGCCCACUGAGGUGGCACCGUGUUACGUGUUCCUUGCUUCGAAUGUCGAUUCGUCUUAUAUUACGGGCCAGGUCCUCCAUCCCAACGGUGGAACUAUUGUCAACGGUUGA